UGGGCUCAGUUUGGAUUCGGAGCCAACGAGCGCAAGAUGAUGUUACUGAUUCCCGUGAUUGCAGUGUGCCUUUUCGGCCUAACGGUACUGCGUCUAUAAGUAGGACCAACUAAAGAAAUUGAAGAAAAAAAGUGUUACGAAAAUGUCGUACAAGGUGGAACCAUUGCCCGAUUCCUACGCCGGCCUGGGCGAGGGUCCCCAUUGGGAUGUGGCCAGGCAGAGCCUGUACUACGUGGAUUUGGAGGCAGGCAGCCUGCUCCGCUACGACUAUGCGCAGAACAAGGUCUACAAGACAAAGAUCGAGGGCGAAACCUUGGCCGGAUUCGUGCUGCCGGUGGAGGGACGUCCGCAGGAAUUCGCCGUCGGCUGCGGUCGACGCGUGGUGAUCGUCAACUGGGAUGGCGUCUCGCCCAGCGCCAAGGUGGUGCGCACACUGUUCGAGGUGCAGCCACUGAUGGAGAAGAAUCGUUUGAACGACGCCAAGGUUGAUCCCCGUGGUCGCUUCUUUGGCGGCACCAUGCGCUACAUUGGCGAUGAGUUCGAGUUCCGUCACGGCGAGCUGUACCGCUGGGAGGCCGGUGGCCAGGUGUCGGUGAUCAAGGGCGAUGUGGGCAUCUCCAAUGGACUGGCAUGGGACGAGAAGGCCAAGAAGUUCUACUACAUCGAUACCACCGACUACGAGGUGAAGUCGUAUGACUAUGAUUUCGAGACCGGCGUGGCUAGCAAUCCCAAGGUUAUAUUCAAUCUGCGCAAGAAUAGUCCCAAGGAUCAUCUGCUGCCCGAUGGCCUGACCAUCGAUACCGAGGGCAACCUGUAUGUGGCCACCUUCAAUGGCGCCACCAUCUACAAGGUUAAUCCCAACACUGGCAAGAUUCUGCUUGAGAUCAAGUUCCCAACCAAACAGAUUACCUCCGCCGCCUUCGGUGGCCCCAACUUGGACAUCCUGUACGUGACCACUGCCGCCAAGUUCGAUCAGCCCGCUCCAGCUGGCACCACCUACAAGGUGACCGGACUGAACGCCACCGGCUAUCCCGGCGUCAACCUGAAGGUCUAGGAGCUGCAAUCUCUAUCUAUCCUUAGCCGCAGUAAAAUGUACCAAUCGAAUCCAAGUGCAAUUAUAUGUUAUGCUCUUUAACGUUUUAAAUCGCGUCUAUCAAUGUUUUGCAUGCUAGUUAGGUUAUCCUUUUUUGCAGUUCUAGUUCAAGGUCAGCUUAAGGAUCACAUUCUCUCCUGGGAAUAUCCAGGAUCAUCAUGUAAACUCACAAAGAGGUUGACUAUGCUCUACUUUACUCUGAUUUCAAACAACAAUCUUAUCAGCCGCAGACACACGGUAAUCAUCCGCGGAUCUUAUGGUCAUUUGGAGGACGCAGUGCUCUUAUGCUUCUUUAUUAAUCAGUGGUUCUAUAAACAAUUUUAUACUUAUCGUCUAGUCUAAAAUUAAAGAUAGCAAGGUGGCGU